AUUCUUCGUCGCUGUUGCCUGGAGUUUCGAGCCCAGUUUUUGGAUGUGGCGGGUGUGGAUCCAUUCCAAUACGUGACCAUUGCGUCAGCCUGUAUGGCAACGUAUCGGAGUGGCCACAUUCAGCCCGACACGAUUGCCAUGGUGCCCACACACGGCUACGUCAACUCCACGAAUUACAGCCCUGAUUCGAUCCGGUGGUUGGACUUUGUUGCUGCUUCGGAAUCGCCGGAAUCUCGGUACACGGUUUCUGUCAAGCAACGCAAACCGUCUAUCAGUUUCAGGGCUGUUUCUUCCAUGGGUGUAGUUCAUGCUAUGACGGGGAUACCAUCCACCUCUUAAAAGGAGUUUCCAUGGCAACUUUAAGAGAAAAGACAGAAGACACCACACGAAAACUUCGAGCCCAGGGUUUCCCCGUGAUAGAAAUGUGGGAGCAUGAGUUUUAACGACAGAAGGAAGAAAAUCCAGAUCUCCAAGCUUUCCUGGAUCAACACCAUUUGAGGGACCGGCUCAAUCAUCGCGAGUCAUUUUUCGGAGGACGGACCAAUGCCCUCAAAUUGUUCCACGAGGGAGACGCAAAAUGUAUGGAUUUUACCUCACUCUAUCCAUGGGUGAACAAGUACUGCGUCUACCCCGUGGGACAUCCAGAAAUCAUCACGGAAAUCUUCGGGGAUCUAGAACACUACUUUGGCAUCAUUCAAUGUCGUGUGAUUCCUCCCCGGAACCUAUAUCUUCCGGUAUUUCCAUACCGAUGCCGGAAGAAACUCAUGUUCCCCCUGUGUCGAACCUGCGCCCUUCAUCAAAUGCAAGCUCCGUGUACCCACACAGACGACGAAAGAGCUCUUGUCGGAACGUGGGUAUCGGAAGAAGUCAAGCUGGCGAUAAAGAAAGGUUACCGCGUCACACAUAUUUACGAAGUGUAUCAUUUCAAAGAAUCAUCUACUUCCCUGUUUCGUUCCUACAUUGAUCUCUUUCUGAAGAUCAAACAGGAAAGUAGCGGAUGGCCUUCGGAGUGUGUGACGUCUGAAGACAAAUUAAAGUAUAUUCGCCAGUAUGAAGAAAGAGAGGGCGUCAAGUUGGACGCAGGAAAGAUUUCCAAGAACCCUGGGCGUCGCCAAGUUGCCAAGUUGGCCCUAAACAGUUUCUGGGGCAGG